AUGAGUUAUGCAAGGGGCCUCUUGACUCCCGUGCUUGUUACAUUAGUUGGGGUCGGCACCGGCAUCGCAAUAUUUGACCCAGCAUUCAAGCAAGAGAAAGAGCAGAAAGAGCAGGAGCAAAUCGUCGAAUUCAAAGAACAGCACGACCCUUCGCCAGAAGAGCAGAUUCGCAAGACAGAGGAAGCUGUAGCAAAUGCUGGGGGAGCUACCACGAUAACCAAGGAUACGGAGAGGUAG